AUAUUUCUUUUUUGUAGCUUUCAGAAAUACCGUAUAAAAAAUGCUUCACGAGUCAUGCCAAAGUUAGGCUCUGAAAUUUUUAGAGGCGAGACAAAUUUAAGUUUUGGUUGCAUUUGUGAGGUCAUCUGCUUCUGACCAGCAAAAAUUCCAAUUCUGCAACUUGUGGUUGAAUGUUAACAUGUUUUUGCAGAGAGAAACAUAAAUGGGGCUCUUUUCUCAAUAGGAGUUCAGAGGGGUUCAGAAAGUGCUUAAAAGUUUGAGUCUUGAAGCUCGCCACCUGAGGAUUUCCAGUGUCACAGAGGAGUGGUAGAGCAAUGGAUGGGAGUGAAAUUACUGGAGAAGGUGUAAAUUUCUCACCUCCUCCAUCAGUUGUUGGCAUUGCUAUCAGUGGGGACAAAAAUAGCAAAUACAUAGUUAGGUGGGCUCUGGAUAAGUUUGUUCCGGAGGGAAAUGUUUCCUUCAAGUUGAUUCAUGUCCGGCCAAGGAUCACCGGAGUUCCAACACCAAUGGGAAGUCGGAUUCCUAUUUCGCAAGUGCGAGAGGACGUAGUAGCUGCUUAUAGAAAGGAAAUGGAGUGGCAGGCAAGCGAAAAGCUUGCUCCAUACAAGAAAAUGUGUGCUUCUAGGAAGGUGCAAGUAGAUGUUGUACUAGUUGAAUCGGAUGACGUUGCAAAUGCAAUAGCAGAAGAGGUUGCUAAGUCUGCUAUAUGCAAUCUCGUCUUAGGUGCCCCAUCUCGUGGCAUUUUUAAAAGGAAACAAAACGGACUCUCCUCAAAAAUCUCAGCCUGCACUCCAAGAUUUUGCACCGUGUAUGCUGUUUCAAAAGGAAAGUUGUCAUCAGUACGCGCAUCUGAUGCUGAGUCAGUUGAAAGCGUCAAAGAUGACAACAGUGACACGUGUUCUGUCAGCAGUUCUUCGAGUUACACGUCUAGUUCACAGACGGGCACAGAUCGCGGCUCGGUUAGUUCAAACUUUCAUUUCCGUUCUCCUUCUUUGCCAAUACAGCGGUUUCAAGCUCUUACAAAUAUCAACCAGACCCUGCUUAGUAAAAAGAACAAUUCAAAUGACACCAUCCAUUCUAGAUGCCAUUCUCAGGAUCUUGGAAGCUUUGUUACAGAUUGCCAUUCAUGGACUUCAGAUCAAGCGUCCACCUCAGACGCGGUUACAAACUAUUCACCGGAGAGCCAGGCGACUAUCAACCUGGAGUUAGAAAAGCUAAGAAUUGAACUCAGACAUGUCAAAGGAAUGUAUGCAGUGGCUCAAAGUGAGACUAUGGAUGCUUCUAGGAAGAUAAACAAUUUAAAUGCACGCCGGUUGGAGGAAGCAGUAAGGCUCAAGGAGAUAAAUUCUAUGGAGGAGAAAGCGAUAGUAUCUGCAACACAAGAAAAGGAGAAGUACGAAUCUGCUAAGAGGGAAGCUGAUUACAUGAGAGAAUGUGUCGUAAGAGAAGUUGCACAAAGGAGAGAAGCAGAGAUGAAAGCCAUGCAUGAUGCCAAGGAGAAAGAAAAACUUGAACAAGCACUUGUAGGUCCUGUGCAACAAUACCAGAAGUUUUCAUGGGAUGAGAUUGUUACUUCCACCUCAUCUUUCUCUGAGGAUCUCAAGAUUGGAAUGGGAGCGUACGGAACUGUUUAUAAGGGCAGCUUUCAUCAUACAACUGCAGCAGUGAAAAUCCUUCACUCUAUAGAGAAUCGCCAAACUAAGCAAUUCCAGCAGGAGCUUGAGAUCUUGAGCAAAAUCCGCCAUCCCCAUUUACUUCUCCUUCUCGGUGCAUGUCCUGAUCACAGUUGUCUAGUCUACGAGUACAUGGAAAAUGGUAGCUUGGAGGACAGGUUGCUGCAGAAAAACGGUACACCACCUAUUCCUUGGUUUGAGAGGUUCCGAAUUGCUUGGGAGGUCGCCUCAACUCUCGUCUUUCUUCACAGCACAAAGCCAAAACCAAUCAUCCAUCGUGAUCUGAAACCAGCAAAUAUCUUGCUUGAUCAUAACCUUGUGAGCAAGAUUGGCGACGUUGGCCUUGCCACAAUGCUUAAUUCAGAUCCUUCUAUGUCCAGUAUAUACAACGACACAGGGCCUGUUGGCACUCUCUCUUACAUAGACCCCGAGUAUCAAAGGACAGGAAUAAUCUCUCCACAAUCGGAUGUUUAUGCUUUCGGAAUGGUGAUCUUGCAGUUGCUUACUGCAAAACCAGCAAGAGCUAUAACACAUCUGGUAGAAACAGCUGUUAAGGAUAAAAAUUUGACGGAUGUUUUGGACCCUAAAGCAGGUCAUUGGCCAAUGGAAGAGACAAGGCAGUUGGCUGAAUUGGGAUUGAGCUGCGCAGAGCUUCGACGCAGAGACAGACCUGACUUGAAAGAACAAGUAGUUCCUCUACUUGAGAGAUUGAAAGAGGUUGCUGAGACAGCGAAAAAUUCAGCUUCUGUGGUUCAAUGCCUACCUCCUAACCACUUCAUCUGUCCAAUUCUUAAGGAUGUGAUGGAUGAGCCUUGUGUGGCCGCAGAUGGAUACACUUACGACCGCAAAGCGAUCGAGAAAUGGCUCGAAGAGAACGAUAACUCGCCGAUGACAAAUUUGCCAUUGCCAAACAAGAAUGUUAUACUAAACUAUACUCUUCUUUCUGCAAUUAUGGAGUGGAAGACCAGAAAACAAUAGCAUGUUCCUUUGUUUAUUGUUAUUUUUGAGGGUAACACUGAUGGGUAGUUUAUUGCGAGGCUGGCAUUAGGUGGCGUUCAGCGUUAAAUAUUUUGUAAGUAGUUGAAUUCGUCCAUGGUUUCAAAUUUCAAUGGAGUUUCUGUUUUAUCCAAUAAAAAAAAUAAAUAUUAAGAUUCAAGAA